AUGGACACCAUUUCCUUUGCCUUUGCUAUUUUGCUUGCCUCCUUAAGUUUCUGCUUAACAUAUGUUUCUGCACAGCGGAAGAGAUGUGAGAGCAAAUACUCUUGUCCUGGUGUGUUAAGGACAAUGGCGGCUGUCUGCAAAGAUGGUUACUGCGUCUGUAAUAAUCAAGACUACGAUUAUAAUACUUGCUUGCGUAAGUAUAGUUUUGGCACAGUUGUAGUGACGAAUCAACGCCGCUAUCAAAUCGCGUAUAUAAUAGAAAAAAUUGCAACCCUUAGCAAAGUCCGUGAAGUAAAAUAAUUUUAGUUCUCACGCGGGAGUGUGUGGCGACUCAAGAUACAGAAGUUAAAAUUUUGUUCAAUUAGAGAAAUUUAGAAAAAGAAAAGAAAGAAUUCUAAGUUAUCCUCAGGUGAUUUGCAACCUGCACGCCUACAUCGUAAAAUGCCGUGGAACACUAACCCUCCUUCCCUGUAUUACUGGCAACUUUUUCUUUAGCUGAUGCAUAUGGAUGUAAGAUCGAGGUGAAUGCUGAUACAGCUCUUGCCAAACCACGGUAUAACGGCGGACACGCAAUCUACAGCUGCACGCCCGGCAACAGUUCUACCCAGUACGAGGUCCAUGUGCUGGCCAUGCACGAGACUCCAGGAAGGACCGGUCAUGCUACUGUAAAUAUCAUCAGUCACGGCAAGUCAAACAGGUCGAUUGUUCUCGUACUUGGAAGUUACCAACCAGUUAACUGGAUUCUCAGUUUACCCUCUAAUGUAUCCAUCAGUAAAGUUGUAUUGGUAAGUACACGCUCGCACAACGCAGCGAACUGAAAUGUAAAACAAUCAUCGCCGCUUAUAGACCGAAUGUUCUGUAAAAUUAACCUUUCAUAUCGAUCGGUAAAAAGUUUUCAAAACAUUCUUGUGACAUCUCGUAAACAUUCUUUAAGGUAUCUUGGGCCUAGGUUAUGGCGAAAAUUCCCUCCUGAUUUAACAUCAGCGAAAGCUUUGAACAUUUUUAAACUGAGCAGAAUUCGUAAAAAUGAUGUAAGCUCAAUGAUAGAUGAUGGAUGUAAGGGCUGUUUUCUCUGCUCAUCAUAAUUAUUUAAUUUUACAAUUCUCUCUCAGUCAUUUCAGAUUCUCAUUAGAUUGUAAUACAUAGUUUGGAUAUUUUUACUUUUAAAUUGUAUACCUAAUUCUCAUUAUUCUCUAUCUAUCCAUCUAACUAACUAACUAACUAUCUAUCUAUCUAUCUAUCUAUCUAUCUAUCUAUCUAUCUGUCUGUCUAUCUGUCUGUCUGUCUGUCUAUCUGUCUGUCUGUCUGUCUAUCUGUCUGUCUGUCUCCCUAUCUAUCUGUCUGUCUGUCUAUCUGUCUGUCUGUCUGUCUGUCUGUCUGUCUAUCUAUCUAUCUAACUAUCUACCCACUUUUUAUAGAAAAACACAACUUUGUUAUGGCUCCCCGAUUCACUUAAAUACAACACAGCUUCCAGUCACUCUUUCAGUGCUCUCUUGAAAUGCCUGUAUGAUGAAUAAUCUUUAUAUCUUUGUUGGUAAGAAAGUGCAUCAUAACCUUCUAGAGAACAAUUUGAAUGGGUGAAAUGUCUAAGAAGACAAAUGAGUUUAUGGUUUUCCACGGAUUGUAGAAAAUUAUUUUCAGGAAAAGUUGAAUCACCAGGUACCAAUUCAAGGCAGUUUUUGCUUACUUGUAGCGUGUAAAUUUUGAGGAAACGUUUUGAUAAUACUGGUCCUAGCUGUCUUUCAAACAAAGAAGAAAACGUUUGGUUUAUAUUUGUAGAUUGCUUUUUAUCUGGCUGAAAGUUCCGUCAGUGGAGACGUAAACCAAGUGGAAACGAUUGAACGAAAGAGUUCCCGCGAUUCCGAAUUGUGGAAAUGGGGAUUCGGCAGUGAUACAGGGGGAGGAGACACAGUGGGGCUUCUAAAGUGAGUAACGGAACUCUCUCUCCUCCGCAGAGGCUCCCGCUUUGGGCAUCCCUAUAAAAUAGCAAUAAUCGAAAGAGCGCGCGAGGAACGAUGGAAAGGGGAAAAAGGUCUUCCCAUCGUGCCCUGCGCGCUCUCGUUUUCUUUCUCCCCGUCCUCCCCACAACACAGGGAGGCCUCUGCUGCGGAGAGAGGUAUCGGAAUAGUAAAAUUAAAUGAAGAAUGAUCCUCGAAAUUGAGAACGCAAAUUAUGCAAUUGCUUAAGAAGCCUGAAAAAAAAAAAGAAAAGAAAAUCAGGACUUCAACGGGAUUUGAACCCUUGAGCUCGCGAUACCGGUGCGAUGCUCUGACCAACUAAGCUAUGAUUGAAGUCACUGAUGUUGGGAGCUGGUCAAUUAUGUGUUCAUUUGUUCCAGUGAAAGAGAUGAAUGUGACAAGUGUAUAUGAAAUAAAUCGUGUAUGAGAACUGCGGAAAUGAAAUCAAAUGAGGAAUGAUCCUCGCAGUUGUGAACGCAGUUCGGGUGGAAUUCAUUGGUUGAAUGCAAAAAUGUUUGCAUUUAUUCCACAUUUCCUAUCGAGACGAUAUCUAAUCUGAAAUAGUCUUUACAAUAUUCUGACAUAAGAUAGUUUAUUUAAGCAAUAGACCACAUUUUCUACGGGUUUACCAGCGUGAUAACCCACUUGGGAUGUUGGGAGAAAAGCUUGUAAAUCACGAGCUGAAGGCGAGUGAUUUGCAAGCUUUUCGAGUGUUCUCCCAACAUCCCAAGUGGGUUGUCACGCCGGUAAACCCAUAGAAAGUGUUGUCUAUUGCUUUUAUAAAAUGACUUUAAGUUUUCUAUGAGUUUACCGGCACAAUAAACCAUAGGUUUUUAACCAGUCAGAACGCGUGUACUAUCUUAGUUAUUUUAUAAAUUGUAAUAUCUUGGACACCCACUACAUUUUCCUUUUUUUUAUAGACAACUAGUGUGCAAUAGAUUUGGUGUGGUGACGUCAUUUACAGGCACCUACAGGGCGUAUGAAUGGUCACUGGUGGUACACUCCUCAAAGGGUACGUUUACUUAC